AGCAUCUUGCAGCUUUCCUCUGCCUUUGGGAAAAGAUCACUGCCCAAGGAACGUUUUGCCUUUGGAGACGCAGGAGAAUGAAAGUCAUCACGUGCGAAAUAGCCUGGCACAACAAGGAGCCUGUGUACAGCCUGGACUUCCAGCAUGCAACAGCCGGGAGGAUCCACAGACUAGCGUCUGCAGGCGUGGACACAGCUGUCAGGAUCUGGAAGGUAGAAAAAGGGCCAGAUGGAAAAGCCAUUGUGGAAUUUUUGUCCAAUCUUGCUCGUCAUACGAAAGCUGUCAAUGUCGUGCGUUUUUCUCCAUCUGGGGAGAUUUUAGCAUCAGGAGGAGAUGAUGCUGUCAUCCUGCUGUGGAAGGUGAAUGAUAGCAAGGAGCCAGAACAGAUUGCUUUUCAGGAUGAGGAUGAGGCUCAGCUGAACAAGGAGAAUUGGACUGUUAUAAAAACUCUGAGGGGCCACUUAGAAGAUGUAUAUGAUAUCUGCUGGGCAACUGAUGGGAAUUUAAUGGCUUCUGCUUCUGUGGAUAACACAGCCAUCAUAUGGGAUGUCAGUAAAGGACAAAAGAUUUCAAUUUUUAAUGAACACAAAAGUUAUGUACAAGGAGUAACGUGGGAUCCUUUGGGUCAAUAUGUUGCUACUCUGAGCUGUGACAGGGUGCUGCGGGUAUACAGCACACAGAAGAAACGUGUGGCUUUUAAUGUUUCGAAGAUGCUGUCUGGAAUAGGAGCUGAAGGAGAGGUACAAAAUGUUUUGCCAUUCCCUUUCAGCA